GGGCACGUGCGGGACCUGCAGAUCAUUGAUGCCUACCGGGAGCACACCAAGGGCGAGAGCAUCUCGCGGGUGCUGAGCCAGGCCAUCACCACCACGCGCACCGUGCGCGCCGUGCUGGGCACCGCAGAGUUCUUCGAGUUCACCCUGAAGAACCCCUACAGCAUCCAGCACACUGUCACCAUAGAGGUUGACCACCCUGAGCUCAGGUGGCGGCACUUCAAGGAGCUGACGAAGAGCGUUACGCCGGUGGAGGAGGAGAUGUUCCACCUCCAUGAUGACCUCAGACCUCAGGUCUACCUGCGCCCCAAUGAGACUGUCUGCAUCCCCUUCAAAUACCAGACCUUCUCUGCAGACCCUGCGGUUGUCAUGGCACAGGUAGGUGCAGGCCCCUGUUUGAGCAGCUCCCAGUGGGGAGAGAAGCACCAGUCCUUCAAAACUCCAUCCCUCCCACUGCCUCUGGGACAGGUCUCCUUCCAGGUGAGCCGGGGGAAGCCCAUCGCGCUGCUGUGCGUGAAGGUGGAGCCGCAGCCCCACGUGGUGGACCAGACCUUCCGCUUCUACCACCCUGAGCUCACCUUCCUGAAGAAGACCAUUCGGCUGCCCCCCUGGUACACCCUCCCUGGCGCGCCAGUGGGGAUGCCAGGCGGGGAGCCCGAGAUGUUUGUUCGCUGCAGCGACCCCAACAUCAUUUGUGAGACCAAAAACAUGGGGCCUGGUGAGCCGCAGGAUAUCUUCUUAAAAGUAGCUGGAGGGCCAAGCCCACAGAUCAAGAAGUUCUUUGUUGCUAUUUAUAUGGACGCCUGGCUGGCAGUGCCUGUCCAGAUCUGGCAGUUCUACCUGCACUCGCUGCAGCGCCUGGACGUCAGCUGCUUGCCCGGUCCCCCCCCCCGCCUCUCCCUGCUGCUGCGGGGCACCCCUGCCCCGCGCAGGGUCCGGGCCUUCACCUCCCACCCCCAGGAGCUGGAGGUGGACCCGGAUGGCGCCUUCCUCCUCCCCGCCAACGGCAUCCAGGAGCUGUACAUCGGCGUGAGGCCUCGGCGGGCUGGCAGCAGGUUCAUCUACCUCAACCUGGUGGAUGUGGAGUCCCACCAGCUGGUGUACUCCUGGGCUGUGCUGCCCCUGCCACGGCUUCUGCUUGACCUGCAGGCGUUCGAGAUCUCGCUGCCCGCGGGGGGCGGGCGAGGCUGCAACAAGCGCAUCACCUACACCAACCCCUACCCCUCGCCCCGCCUCUACUUCUUGUGCACCAACCGGCCCGACCUCCUCCAGUUCAAGGAGGACUCCUUCGAG